AUGCUGAAGGAGAGCGGCGACCAGAUCGCCGUGACGGAGGAGAACAAGGAGGAGUUCGUGGAGCGGCUCCUCGACAGGCUCCUCAUCAGCGGCCUGCGGCGGCAGGUGGAGUGCUUCCGGAGAGGCCUGCUCCGCGUGGUGCCCGAGGAGGUCGUCCUGAGGAUCGGGGAGCUCAUGUCCCUGAAGGAGAUCGAGGUCAUGGUGUGUGGGGCCGACGAGGUCGACGUGGACGACUGGGAGCAGCACACCCAGUACGAGAACGGGUACACGAAGGACUCGCAGCCCGUGCUGUGGUUCUGGGACGUGGUCAGGUCGAUGACGCAGGCCUCCCGCGCGUCGCUGCUCUCUUUCGCCACCGGCUCUCCCCAGGUGCCCUCGGGCGGCUUCCGCUUCCUGCAGCCCGACCUCUUCACGGUGCAGCGGGUGGCCGUGACCGGCCGGUGCCCAGAGGCCCACACGUGCGCCAACACCAUAGACCUCCCAGAGUACGCCUCGAAGGAGGAGCUGGAGAGGAGGCUCCUCUUCGCCAUCUCCGAGGCCGGCGACGCCUUCGGGCGGCGGUGA